GAAGCUCUCAUCACCUACCCACCUAGGUACCUACCUACCUACAGCGCACUGGCAUCAUAGCGCGGAGCCCAAACCCGACACCACACUACUGCAUAUCCAUACAAGGCCCGCCCUUUGAAGGACCAGGACACACGCGGGCCUGCAAUUCGCCAGCUUCUUGCAUUUCCACCCCCCAAAUCCCUCCAGCUGCAUCUCGACCCUCAACAAUCUUGCUGUUCUUGUAGGUACCCGGCAACCGAAAGGCACCCUGCUGCGGAGCGAAUUGCCAUAGGCCAGUCAUUCGGUCACUUACACCAACCUAGCUCACCCAGGUACCUCGACAUAGACUCAUCGAGCCGUUUUAGCCUCGGGGGUUCCACUUACACCCAGAUCCUACCUUCACCAUCACCGACAUCACUGCGACUACUUGGGAAAAGGAGGCCUAACCCCGGAAGACAUUUUCAUACAAAAGGGACGGGAGGCCCGAUAACACAGCACUGUACCAGCUAGCCGCGGGUACCUGAAUUGCCGUGUGGAUAUCGACCGUGGACGUGGCCGUGGACGUGGCCGUGAUCGUGAUCGUGGGCAUGCAAGUGACAGUCAAGACGUUCCAGGAUCCGCAGCGCUGACCCGACGCAACCGCAAGUGCAUCACCUGGGCAGAAAAAGAUACCAGGACCAGCACCACAACAGAGGAUCCCAGAGGACCACCCCGUGGACCAGGCCCGGACGAGACGAGGACCACCACCAACCAACCCGCACUACCUACCAAGCACAGAGGUACCAGCGACAAUGUCCUCUACAAACUCCUACUCGCAUUUUUGCUCCUCUCCUCCUCCCCUUUCCUCCUCCUCCUCCUCCUUUCAGGAGGCUCCCUAUGCACAAGGCGACGGUGAUGCGCCGCGGAAAGACGCAGCAGCUGCUGUAGCUGCCGCAGGCUUCCUCAACGAGCACAAUGUCCACCAAAACUCGGCCCUCAACCUCGACUCUCCACCGUCGCCCAAGUUGACCUCUGCCGAGACCCCGGCCGGAUCUACAUCCGUCUCAACACCGAAGCGGGAACGCGCCGGCACGCUUUGCAGCAACCUUGAUCAAAUCCAGUUUCGGUCUCAUACCAUUGCUCCUUCACCCACCCUGCCGCGCUUUACAUCUGCUUCCACCCCUCCGAGACCUGGUGCGUCUGCGGACAGCAGCAACCUGCACUCGUCCCCGCGGGGUCGCCAGAACCUUCACUCGCCGCCUGGUCACGGAUUACGACUGCAGACCGAGAUAAAUCCUAUAGUAAACCCAUUCGCCACGGCAACCGGCGACAGCUCAACCUUUGGAACCUUGACCUCUUCGCCCACACUUAUAAGGUCGUCGCGUCCUUCCUUGACCCUGCACCACAAAUCUUCCGCCUCUUCCCUCAGACCGAUUUCUCGAACACCAAGUCUGAGAGCCGGCAGUCUUCCAAAUCCCUUCAGCCCUAUCUCGGCAACGAGCUCCUGUUAUCCCAGUCCCGUCAUAGCGGCUAUGGGCGAUGUCACACCCCUGCCAUCACCUUUACUGCCCAGUGAUUCACCAGGUCCGUGGAAGAAGCUAGGAUAUCAAAAAGCCCGCGACACAAUACCAGAAUCCCAUCCCGUCGACAACGCACCUUUGGCCAACACCGAGAGCUCGAAGGCUACCGCGGCCAUGGUCCUCCCCAAGAAGAAGUCAUACGCCGGGCUCGGGUCCGGUCGCAGCGGAGCCGCGAACGAUAGCGAGCAUCUGCACACCCCGUCAACGUCGGCCUCGCAUACACGAAACCGGAGUAUUAGUGAGUACAUUCCGGAUCCGAUGCAUAUUCCAAAGCGGAUGUCGACCAUCUCGGGAACCCGUGUCCGGCCCGAGCUGAAAAACGUGGAACCGGGAUAUGACGGCCACAUGCGCCGGGAGCCCCACUUGUCCGAAGCGCGGGGUCUUGCGCCCCCCAUUGAGAAGCCGCCGACACCCCCACCUAGCGAGGCUUCCAUGAGUGCCAACGACGUCUCAUCACUUGCCGCUUUCGGACUUCCCAACAAAGAAUCCUAUCACGAAUAUUUCGAGGCCUAUGGAAAGCACGACCGGAAGCUGCGCCGCUGGCGCGCUAUCAAGAUGCUGGGCCAGGGUACCUUUAGCAGAGUUAUGCUCGCCACAAGUCAAAUAUCCCCAUCGGACGACGAGGACUGCUCAUCCGGCACCGGCAUGCACACCCCCGAGCCGACAUAUCACGACCGCCGCAGUCUUGUUGCCGUCAAAGUCUGUGAGCAUGGACCCCGUGGAGGGGCAUCGGAGGACAGGAUCGAGAUGAGCUUGAAACGAGAAUUGGAACUCAUGAGGGUUCUGCAACAUCCUUCGCUGGUUCAGCUCAAGGCUUGGAACAUUGAGAUGACGCGGGCCAUUCUGGUGUUGAGUUACUGCCCCGGUGGCGACCUUUUCGACAUUGCCAGUCGUCAUCGCGACAUUUUAAGUCCGACACUUUUACGCCGCAUCUUUUCUGAGGUGGUCGGUGCAGUCAGCUAUCUUCAUUCGGAGAAGAUUGUGCACAGGGACAUUAAAUUGGAGAAUGUCCUUGUCAAUCUUACACCUGAGGAGCUCAGCACACCCACCGAUUGGGCAACCUACCCUUACUCAGUCAUCACCCUCACUGAUCUCGGUCUCUCCCGCCGUGUCGCCGAUGACGAAAAGCUCGAAACAAGAUGCGGCUCGGACGACUAUGCCGCCCCCGAAGUCAUCAUGGGCCAACCCUACGACGGCCGCGCUACUGACGCCUGGUCGCUGGGUGUCCUUCUCUACGCGCUUCUUGAGGGCAGGCUCCCUUUCGACCCGCCCCCCGGAGCCGGUGAUUAUGCCAUGCAGAUGCGCAUGCGGAGUCGGACUAGUCAUCGGAUUGCCCGUGUCGAGUGGCGGUGGAUCGAAUAUGGCGUCCCUAGCGGCGAGGACGGUGAGGGCAAGCACGAGGCGGAUCCCGCCAAGUUCAGCGCUAAGGGCCUGCAGGGUGCCAGGGAAGUGGUCGAGGGCCUGCUGAGACGGGCGAGAACCAGAUGGCCACUUACUCAGGCUGCAGCGACCGAGUGGGUCAGCGGUGGCAUCCAGGUUGAGGGAGGAAUCCAGUUCAGGGAAGAGGACGAUGGAGAGGAGGUCACCCAUUGAUUUCAUCGCCAACUCAAAGGUGCUUCGCAUAUUUGGGGAGGUUUUUCUUUUUGUUCCAACAAACUCUGAGGGCUGAGUUAGUAGCCUCUUUCUUCAUUUGCUCGUCUUUUUAUUUAGCCAUGGGGGUUCUUGAUUCUGCACUUUUACUUCAUACUUCAGCCACCACAACAACCCAUUUAGCUUGUUCUUUAUUGAUGAUGAGAUAACGAAAAGGGGUUUGGUGGAAUUUCUUCGGUUUUGCGUGCCGGACAGGCGGGUUGGUUGGUGGGUCUACACUGGGACGGACACAAGGUUGGCAUUUGCUUUUUCUCAUAACCGCCACGAUGGGUAGCGGUUUAUACAGGGAGGUUGACGGACAAUAUGGAUGGAGGCGAGUGAGGAGCGGUGUUUAAUGGUCAGGCUUUGCAUCAAGUCACACAAAAGAAAAAACAACCGCGCAGUUCGUUCUAUCGGAUAUAGACGGGGGUUCUGAAGUAGAUUCUCACAUCGUUUUCACACCUCUCAGACUACUAUAUGGAGAAGACUUCCACGGAUGAUAUAGGAAUCGCAUAAGCGGAAAAUGAGAAAAGUUUACGUUGUGUACUUAUGUCUCUUUUGAUCCAAGCUAUGAUUAUCACGAUGCAAUGAUAAGAAAAAGGGAAGAUAGAGUCUCAAAG